AUGGCGCGCGAAUACCCUUCUCUCUCGCGACAACACACGCUCGCACAGCUGCCCGCCGAGUAUCCCACCGACGCGCAGGACCAGAUCUCGCAGAUCCUCUCCAACUCGCACAUCAACCGCCUAGUAGUGCUAGACGACGACCCAACAGGCACACAAACUUGCCACGACAUCAACGUUCUAACAGUCUGGGACAUAGCGACGCUGAAGGCCGAAUUCGAAACAGACUCGCGCGGCUUCUUCAUCCUCACCAAUUCGCGCGCCCUGCCACCCACAGAAGCCGAGCACCUCAUCCGCACCAUCUGCGAGAACGUGCACGAAGCAGCACAGUCGACGAGCCAGCAAGUGGACAUCGUCCUGCGUGGCGACAGCACGCUGCGCGGCCAUUUCCCGCUCGAGACAGACGUCGCGCAGUUCGUCUUCGGGCCCGCCGAUGCCCUCGUGCUGGCUCCGUUCUUCUUCCAGGGCGGCCGCUUCACUAUCGAUGAUGUGCAUUAUGUUGCCGAAGGUGAUAGUCUCGUGCCGGCGGGGCGUACGCAGUUUGCGCGCGAUGCGUCGUUCGGGUAUCGCAGCUCGAAUCUGCACGACUAUGUCCUCGAAAAAGCGCCGGGCCGGUUUACGUCAAGUCAGCUGUGCUCGGUGAGUAUUUCUGAUAUCCGUCGCGGCGGGUCGCAGGCUGUUUGUGAGACGCUGGUGAAGUUGCCUGCGGGUGGGGUGGUCGUGGUGAAUGCUGCGGCCGAGUCUGAUAUGCAUGUAUUCCUAACUCCUCCAGCCGAGGCCAAGGGAAAACACUUCCUCUACCGCACCGGCGCAGCUUUCGUCUCCACCCGCCUAGGUAUCCGAUCAAAAGCACCCAUCUCCGCCGCAGAGCUGCAGCUCCCCUCGCCGCGCCAGACCGGCGCGCUCAUCGUCGCCGGCUCCUACGUGCCCAAGACCACAGCCCAGCUGCAGGUGCUGACCUCGCAGCGCGGCAGCACAGACCAGUUGGCCAUCAUCGAGAUGAAUGUUAACGAUCUGAUCAUGUCGUCCGAAAGAGCCGCACAUACGGUUGAGCGCGUCGUGCGCGAGACCGAGGCUUCGUUGCUGACUGGGACAGAUACGCUCGUCAUGACGAGUCGGGAUCUGGUGACGGGCGGCGACGAGCUAGCGUCGCUGAGGAUCGGGGCCGCUGUUGCUGAGGCGUUGGUUGGUGUGGUGCGGCGGGUUGAGGUGAGGCCGCGGUAUAUCAUUGCCAAGGGCGGCAUUACUUCUUCAGACGCCGCUACCAAAGGCUUAAAUAUCAAGCGCGCCACGAUUGUCGGCCAGGCUGCGCCCGGCGUGCCUCUGUGGCGCUGUGAUGAGGCUACAUCUCGCCAUUGUGGUGUUCCGUUCGUGGUCUUCCCUGGUAAUGUGGGUGGGGAGUCGACGCUUUGCGAGUUGGUCGAGAGUUGGAGUUAG